GGUGAUGGCGUGGAGCCGCAGUCCGCGGAGGCUCCAGCCGCCAGCCUACAGCGGGCCUCGGUACCGCGCCACUAUCUUGCCGCAUUCCACCGAGCCGAAGUGCCGAAGCCGAGGCGCGCCCCGCGCGUGCCUUCACCGACCCACGCGCCCGCUUCGCUCGCCGCACUCACUCAGUUGAUCUUGCGCGCUCACAGACUUGGCGCGCUCGGAGACACGGCCUAUCCCUUUUCUAACAUCGCGCGAACAGUGAAGUGAAGUGCCAAUGGAUGCGGUUUACAUGGAAAUAUUGUGUCAAUAAAUUUACCAAAAUUGGAUUUGUCUCUUCAUGGGCGGGUAACAGUGGUCUCGAGAUGCGACAUGCGUGCUCUGUGUUCGGUUCGAGGGCCGCUGGGCGGCGAAGCGCGCGCGCUCGGCGCGGGCGCCCGCCUCCUCUCUCUGCGCAUGCCCGGGCAACCUCAACCGAUCCACUUCGUCGUCGAAGCCAAGGCCAGGGUCAAGGAGCUCAAAUCCUUGGCCAGCGCCCAUGCCCAGCUACAAGGCAUGACCGACACCGAUCUCUUCGGAUUAGCUAUUAUGCAAAAUGGAGAGUACUUGUUUGUUGAUUUGGAGAGUAAGUUAUCAAAAUAUGCUCCGAAGAGCUGGAGAUCGUCCCACACUCAUGGUCUGGAUGCAAAUGGAAAACCACUCCUCGAAUUGCACUUGGUGGUACAAUUUCACGUAGAAAGUCCUCUACUUUUGCACGAUGAGGUUGGGCGCCAUUUGUAUUUCUUGCAACUCCGGCAUAACAUCCGCACGAGAGACGCUCUUCCCGCCGAGGUGCUCUUGCUGCUCACCGGCCUCGCCUUGCAAGCAGAAUAUGGCGACGCCGACACUUAUGAAGAAAGGGAUUAUUUCAAAGUAGAAGAAUAUGCACCUGCUUCUCUCACGGGUGAUUGGGUAUCUGCUGCGAUGAGGGCCUGCCAUCGGGAACACAGAGGCCUCUCAAAAACUGACGCAAAAAUAAGAUUCAUUCGUGAAGUAUGCCUUCUUCCAGACUCAGUCAACUCGCAUAGGUACCGACUAAAGCAAUCAAAGUCCGAACCAGACCCAGGAACCGUUUGGUUACUCGUCACAGCUAAAGGCAUAAAAAUUUUACCUGAUAAUGGACCAUUGUCCAAUUUCAUCUGGAGUUCAAUCGGAAAGUUAAGCUUUGAUAGAAAAAAGUUUGAAAUAAGAUCAGAAGAAGAAAAAAUUAUACUGUACUCGUCAAGUGAAGAAAAAAGCAAAUAUCUUUUCGCGCUUUGCAAAGAAACUCAUCAAUUUUCUAUGAAAAUUGGUCCAAAAUUCAACGAUAUACAAAGACGGGAAGAAGAAGAGCGAAAGGUGUGUUAUGGCUAUUCAAAGUCUUUAAGUUUCCAAUAUAAUAACCACAAUAAAAGUGAACAGAGAAUAUCUGUUAUAUCAACUACAAGCUCCAAUACUACGUCAGGCAUUGUAAGCGACAGGGUACAAUCAGAAGAUGAACUAGAAAUAAUGAUAGACUCUCCUCCAGCACCUUCAACAGAAAGUUUAGCAUUUGCUCAUUUAUUAGACUGCUCAAACUCUUAUUUUAUACGUCAAAUAUCACAAGACGAGCCAUUGAACAAAACUUCGUCUCUAAAACUUCAGAAAAGCAAAGGCCGACUAAAAAAUUCGAAAACAGAAAGUGACAUAGCCUCUAAUAAUGAAAUUAGUUCCAUGAAUAUGGUUUCGAACUGCACAAUUUCACAAGAAGAAACAAAUGCUCUCUCUGAACAAAAAAAUACUGAUAGCGGCAGCCCAAUAUCCAAUAAAUUAAAGUGUACAGGAUCUCAAUGUUCAUCUUCAUGUAGCACAGUGAUCAUGGCAAGAGCAGGUCUAAGCACACUAAGCAGAGCCUCAAAUGCGAGCAGUUUAGAAUUAGGUUUCAGUCAUACAGCCCAAAACUCUAUGUUAAGCGAUAACAGUACAGUUGGUAUAGAUGUUGAAUAUUCUCAAGACACAGCUUCAGCACUGUACGACGGACUAGGACAGCCUGUGACUGUAGCUGCAUCUAGCGAAACAAGUGGUGUAUACACAAUGGGUAGCUCAGAACUAACUACACGCUCAAAAAUGGACGCGCUAUCAGAGGACAGCCGAACAGAUUAUAGUGGCUCUCACUACGAUAGUUACAAACCAACGAAGGAUAACGAUCUUGCUGAUUUUGACAGCGUCUCCUCUAUAUUGAAAAAUAAAUCUUCACGAUCUUGUCUUUCUAAUGUAACGCCUCGAUUACGAAUUCUAUCCGAUACAGACUGUGUAGAUGGAGCAUCAAACUUUUCAAAAAAAGGUCUUGACGAAGGUGAAAAUUUAUUUAGAGAACGAACUAACUCUAAUGUAAGCACGGUUUCCUUUCAUGGGGACGGCAGUGAUCCAACUGAUAACAAGCAUAAUUUACUCACUGCAAGUGAAUUAAGUGAUUUAAUUGUAGGACGAGGUGUGUAUCCAAAAAGCCAAUCAGUGAGUGAUACUUUAGACUCUGUAUCUGACUAUGUUAGAUUACCCAUCCCAUUUUCUGGAGAUAGUUAUCUUCAGGGUCAUGAAGAUACUGCACCUUCAGAUGACAACUAUCCCAACACAUCAUUUUUCGAUCGUCCUCCUACCCCUCCAGCAAGAAAAGAUAGUAGAAAAUUGCUCAAUUUAUCCCUUCCCAAUAUUGCUGACACAAAUGACGUAAUGUGUAAACCAAAAAUGUACAAUAAACCGCCACCACCAUACGAAUUUAAACACAAAACUUUAGGCUCUUGUACUUCCGCACCCAUGAAGGCACCUCCUGCGUAUCCAGGAACGUCAUCAUCAAUGACAUCUUUGAAGCAAGCCGAAGACAAUGAAGAGGUAGCAGCAAGGCUUGUUACUUCUAAACCUAUGAUUACAAUACUAAAAGCGGAAGCCGGUGACGUUAACACGUCUUGUGGAAGAACAUUCGCAAGUCCGAUGGUUGUCGAGCAUCGUUUCCAGAAGUCCAAAAGACAUCAAGCUUCAAGCCGCAGAGCAGAGAGAUCUAAAUUAGAACAAGGAACUACUCUUUCGCCAUCGAGAGAAUUGCCACCUCAUGGUAUCGAUUCAAAUUUGCUCGUAGCUAUGAUGAAGUUGCCGCCGCCUCCCCCGCCGCCACGACGCACUCGCCUGCCGCCGCCGCCGCCCGAAACCAGACUACCUCCACCGCCACCACCUCACAACCCAAUGUUCCAUCAACAGCUGUAUAGCGACGUAGAUUAUGUCUAUUACCCUUUACAAGAUCCUUUGAUAUCACAACAAAAUUAUCUCGAUCAUAAGCUUACUGAAUCGAGAUCGAACAUGCAUAAUAAAAAUGGUCUUCAAUACAGAAGUACUCCAUUCUUGUCCUCAUCAAUGUCUCCACCUUCUAUGUACGGAUCUAUACAAAAUCUGUCAGACUCCUACGUGCAGUUACCAGGGCAACGUAGCAGCUGGUAUUCUCUGACGAGCAGAAACUCGCUGAGCAAUCACUCGAUCAAUUUUGAACCUGUACUUCCUACACAUACACCUGAAUCCAACUUCAUUCGUGCCACGGUUGAAGAUAAUGUGUCGAAUGUGAAAGAACCGCCUCCUGUAAAGAUGAGGAGGAUGCCUCCUCCCCCCCCACCUCCCUAUGAACACAAGAAGAAGCUCCCUACACAUCUGCGUGAAAUUAAAAUUCCAAGUGUUAAUACAAAUGUGCAUAGUGUCGCGGGUGCAAGUAAAAUUAAAGACUCUACUAAUUGUGAUUUAGACAUUAAAUCUCUUAGAGAAAAAAGUAAGAAUUUAGACUUGCCUCUUAUAGCGGCAUUGUGCAAUGAUCGAUCUUUGUUGAAACAGACUAAAGCUUUCGGUGCUCCAAAGUUAAGUAAACAAACAGGUAGAGACUGUGAAAGUGAACGUAAGUGCCCCAAGCCUGUUAAUAACACCACCGAUAAUUUAGAAAUAAAGAUUAAACAAGAGUGUAGCAUAAAAAAAUCAGCAAUUGUGCCCCAGAAGAAGACGCUCAUACGAAAUCCUACAGAUAAGCUUCCCGCACUACCUGGAUCUGAGAAUCACACUCCUAGGGCAAUGUCUAACACCUAUGUAAUGCAUCCAAGUAUAAUGAAAGUAAAAAAAACACAACCUAGCUCAUGACAUUGAUAUAUCUCGCCUACUUCUUGUGAAUCCUUCCAGUGCUAUGAGGUUGCAUCCACCGAUUUAAUGCCAUAUAAAGACUGACCUUAAUCAAACCCGAUUAAGUUCUGCAUUUGUAAAAAAAGGUUAAAUCUAAAUGAAAGGUUCUAAUUUCGACCACAGAUUAUUUUAUUUUUCAUAGCACAAGUCGCGUUCAAGUUCAGUUUAUUUUAUAGGAAUUUAAAGGAUACCGUUAACAAAAAAUAUUGGCUUUUAAUUUUACAAAAAAAUAUAUUUUGACUUAAUAAUAAUAGAAACACUAAUUGCUUUUUUCUAUGUUAAAACUAGGUACGUGUCGCUUUUGAAUUUCUGUAUUAACUUUUUUUAACAAAUGCAGAUUAGUAAUUCAAAUAGUUUAAGAUAAUAAUAACAUAUUUUUUAAUUCUAAAUCACACACAUUGUAUUAAGUAUUUUUAGCAAGCGUCAACACAAGACCACACGAUCCAUCACUUUAUAGGUAGUUCUCAUUUCCGUAACAACUUGUAAUUAGCUUAAUUCAUUAUAUUAUUCGACUACUGAUUGUCAAAGUUACGUAAUGCCAAAGCUAAUCAGAUAUUGGUUAUAAUAAUUAUUCAUAUGUACUUGUUUAGUUUUGCAACACAAAGAAACAACGCUGUUCGUUAUUUUUAGUUAUCAAAAAAUGUAACCCGAUAUAUAUAUUUUUUUACAUUAAUAUUGUAUCGUUAAUUAUAUUAAUUAGCCAUUAUUGCGGCCCAAUGGCAUUACUUAGUUUUUCCUUCCGUUAACAUAAAUAUGCCAGGAAUUCAUUGUCUUCGGCUAAAAGUUCACCUAAAAUGGCGAAUUCAAGUUUUUUAUUACCACUCGGAAAAAUGUACCUACGACAUUUUUCCGAGUGGUAAUAAAAAACUUAGAAACUACACAAUGUACACGUCCACGUUACACAAAGUUCGCUGAUAGCGUAUUUAUAAAGCAAUGUAUGUAGAUUGACCGCAAUCAUGGCUCAUUGUGCAGAUCGCGCGUUCAUUCGUAAAUGGAUGGAGGUCGACUUUACCUUGAAUGCACAUCACAAUAGACACUACAAUAUCAGAAUAUUUAAGUCGAUCCCCUAUUUCAUUACAGUACAAUUACAACGCCCAUAAUUAGGAUUACAUUCAGUUGUGUUAAUUUUAAAAAUCUUUGUCCUCAUUAGUUUUUUACUCGACAAAUGCCUUUUAUCCAUUUCCACCUUUUUAAUACUAUAUUUUCAUUACCCAAAUAAUUUCAAAUCAAUGUGUUUCCUAACGAACACUAUUUUUAUUAUCAUUUUGGUAGCAUUAUCGUAAAAGUCGCAUUUAUUUAAUAACGCCUAACGGUCUUAAACCCGAACUUCCUAGGCAGUUGAAGAAAUAAAGAGAAAGAUAUUUUAAUUCAAACAUUCCUUUCUUUUUAUGUAGAAUCAUUUAGUACUUAGCUUAAGGUAGUCACGACGACGUGUGCGAUGACGAAAUACGAUUAGGUAAAUUAUUAAGUACCUACGGCUUAUGUAUGACGUGAAAUCACUAUGUGAUAGUGAUCAUCUUAGCAACCAUUACUUGAAAUAUGAAAAAUACUCUCCCUUAAAAUAUUACCUGAUAUAGAAUAAAUUAUGUGUAGAUAUCUAAAUCUGAAGUCGUUACUUAGUCAGUAAAUGAUGGAAAGAUAGCAGCGGCAAGGUAUUUAUUUUGUUUACAAUCAUGUGUACAUAAUAAUACAGUCUGGAUAUACUAAGUACAUAAUAAUUAUUUGUUUGCAAUGUGUACAAAUGUAUAUUAAAGUUUGGUAAAUAUGGCAUGUUUUUUUUUUAUUUUUUUUAUUUCUUCAAAGUAGAUAUUUAAAAAAACAUUACUUAUACCACAUAAUACUUUUAAAAUAAACUAGUUUAAAUGUAUACUUAAAAAAAAAACAAAA